CAGAUAAAGCAUCUGCAGCACAUGAAGAAGUCAAAGUUUAUACAUCGCAAUCUACAACUUCUGAUCAAAGGCAAGUACUUCACUUCAAUAUUAAUGAACAAUUUGAAGUAUCGAUAAAUGAAUUUGAUCGCGAAUAG